CACGUCCGGUUCGUCCCCGUUCGCGUUCCAGCCUGCGAGGUGCAUGAGGCCACUGCCAGAGGGGAAGAGAAAAUGUUUGUGCUGGCAGAAUUGGAGUACAUCAUUCGAGUCGAGCCUCGAAGGUUCGGAAAAGACAUGAAACGAGAAGUCAGGGACGAGCUCAACAGAAAAUUUGCCAACAAAGUGCUGCACAGCGUGGGCCUCUGCAUUGCACUGUACGACAUAACUCGCGUGGGGGACUCGUACAUCCUGCCUGGAGAUGGUGCAUCACACACCAAAGUUCGAUUCCGUGUGGUUGUAUUCCGACCGUUUGUGGACGAGAUUCUGGUGGGGAAGAUAAGGAGCUGCAGUUCCGAAGGAGUGCGAGUUUCACUGGGGUUUUUUGACGAUGUAUUUAUUCCUCAUCAGAGCUUGCAACACCCCAAGAGAUUUGACCAGGAAGAGCAGUUGUGGGUGUGGCAGUACGAGUCAGAGGGUGAGCCCCACGACAUGUUCAUGGACCUGGAGGAGGAGGUGCGGUUCAGAGUUGUCCAGGAGACCUUCGUGGACACCAUCCCCAAAGACGGUCAGACAUCAUCAUAAUUUUAUGAACAUCUCUGGUAGAAUA